GUCACUACAUCCCAGCUAUCUUAGCUCUGUCUGUUUUCCCUACAUGCACAUGUCACAUCUUCUAUUCGAUCUCCCGCUCUGAAUUCAUUGUUGCUCCUAUUGUUUUUCUUGUCCUGGAUCUCAACAAACUCUGUUCAUGCCAUCGUAAAUGAACCUAAAAAGACGUGCAGGACAAGUAGGGACGGAUGGUGAUAACAAUUCAGUUAGUUGCCCACAUGAAUCGGGCGCCAUGCCAUGCCAUGCCGUGCCGUGCCAUUCAGUUAGUUUACCUCUUUCUCUUUGCGUUGCUUCGCUGAGACGAUGGGUGAGUGCCCACAAAUCAGCAACCCAGGCCAUGUGUGUGUGGUACCGUGAUUUGCACCCAGCACGUCCAAAAAGGCUGCUAUGCAGUAGUACAUGUCCAUGCCAUGUAUACCCCCUCCUCGUUCUUGACAACGAAAUGCAAAGUACUGUAGCCCCUAGUUUUUCUAAGCAAGAGUUCAAAACAAUAUUUAAAAACGCUACCAAAAUCCAAAAAGAUUUUAUCUGUACAUAUAUAGACAUGCACUGUAUUUUAGUAAAUAAAAUCAUCAAUACAUAGCUUUACGUAAAAAAAAACACACCUAGUAAAAAUGAAUAUAUGCAUGAUAUUAUGGAUCGACACAUUUGCCUUUUACUGUAGCUUACAAAUUAGAAUAUUUUAAAUAAAAGUUUACGCACAUGUAGAACCCAACUAUAUGUAUGUGGGAUGUUUUCAGAGUUUCUGUAACUCCUAAAUAUAAUUCGCAUAUUUGAAAGGCACUGGCCUCCAUGCCCCUAUAUACUGAAAUAGGUGAUUUUGUUUCCAAAAUACUACUCUCCCACGACAAGUCACUAUCCCAACAAUUUUACUUUCAUUCCUUGUUUAUCUUGUGCAAUUGUUUUUGGGCAAAUUGCAUCUUUCAUGUGGUAGUCGAACCUCCUUUUUUCUGAAGAACUUUAUGUGGUGGAAUAUUACACUUUUCCCCUUCUCCCGGGGUGGUGAUUUUGGGUUUUCUGUUUUCUACAUUAAUAUUGUAGACUCGGAAUGGGAUUGUAUCAAUUUAUCUAUCUCUUUGAAGGCAAGACAUAAGUUCUAGAAAUUAUUCACAACAACUAUUUUAACGAUUUAUAUUAGCAGCACAUAUGCUUUGUUAAAAAGAAAUUCAUGAUCAUAUUUUCUACAUAAAGUCAAUCAAAGAUUUUUAGUCAGAGUCCGCCAAAUUAUGGGCAAGACAGAUGUCCACAAAGCCUUUUAGUCUCCAAACAAUUAGCAAGCGGAAACCUUUAUAGUCAAAGUCGACAAAACUAAUUGACAUUUGUUUGUAACUUGAUGCAACUUGUGCUGGCGCCGCAUCCUCACAGCGCCUCUAUUUCUUCCUCUCUCAACUAUCUCUUGUGGUUCUCUCACAACACAAGAACACACACACAUGAAACUCAAACACACACACUAACACACACACACGCACACACACACACACACCAAGGAAGAUCACAAACGGCUUUGCAAUGAUGCACCUUCCUUGGCUCCAUAAAAGCUACAUCUUUUCUCCAGCCACUUUUUCAUUGACUCAAAGGUGAUAUAUAUACACAGAGGAGAUUUGCCUCACGCAUGCGCUAACCAGCCACCAUACUCGGCCCCACUAACAUCACGUACGUGCACGACCCGGCUAAGCAGCUAACAUCUCAUAUGCAUCCACUGAUAAUUAACUCCACUAACCAACUUCUGGACUCACUCACGUAGAUAACUAACUCAACGACCUAGCCAUUUCAGAUCACUAAGGCUGGCCAUAGUGGGGUAUCUUAGACCAACUCCACCGCACGACCCGAAACGGACGUUCGUUUUGUCCAGAUUUCGUCCGUUUGGGGUGGCAAUGGGGACGAAGUCGGACAUGCGUGUCCGGCUUGGGUUCGAGGCGCCCACCGCGGGAGAGCGACCCAAAACGUCCGUCCCCCUCCCCGCGGAAUCUCGUCGCGGCGCCGCGCUCGCCGAGCCCGCCCGCCCGCGCCGUCCCGCUCUUCCUCUCUCCCCCGACCACCGCUCCCCAGGGCGCCGUGCUCGCCGAGAGCCCGCCCGCCCGACCGCGCCGUCCCGCCCCCCUCCCUGCCCCGACCACCGCUCGCCACGGCGCCACGCUCGCCAAGCCCGCCCUCCCGCGCCGUCCCGCUCCCCCUUCCUUCCCGAACCACCGCUCCCCACGGUGAUGCGCUCGCCGAGCCCGCCCGCCCGCGCCGUCCCGCUCCGCUCCCUCACCCGACCACCGCUCCCCACGGCGCCGCCCAGCCGCUCGCGGCCCCAUCCCCGCCCCCGCUGCACGAGCUGGAGCGCGUGCGCCGCGUCGGCAACGGCGCGGGCGGGACGGUGUGGAUGGUGCGGCUGCGGGCCACGUCCCGCUGCUACGCCGGCGACAUCGCCAUCCUACGCACCGCCGAGCCCCCUGCCGUGGUGCGGCUACCACGGCAUGUACGAGCGCGGCGGCGAGCUGCAGAUCCUGCUCGAGUACAUGGACGCCGGCGACAUCUGGAGCUUCGGCCUCAGCAUCCUCGAGUUCUACCUCGGCAGGUUCCCCUUCGGAGAGAACCUCGGCCGGCAGGGCGACUGGGCCGCGCUCAUGGUCGCCAUCUGCUACUCGGACCCGCCCGAGCCGUCGUCAGCAGCUGCUGUGCCCGCGCCCGCGCGCGCCGCUGCUCGCCACCCUACCGCAGCCCCGCGUGCUCGCCGUCUGCCAGUCGCGGCUGCCGUGGUCGGGAGGCUGGCGCUGGUUGGCCCGCCGGCGGGGAGGCCGUGCCCAUGCCCUGCUCCGGCGGCCGUCGACGCGGUGUGCAAUGAAUAGUGGAAAUAGAGGAGAGAGAAGGGAUGGGUGGGUGGGUGGGUCCCUCAGGUUUCAAUGACAGGUGGGCUAGACCCAUGUGCAGACGGACACAGCGGACAGAAGGGACGCAGAAAACGUCCGGCUCGUGUCCGCUUUUGCCCCAAAACGAGACCAACUUUGGUCCAAAGAUGCGGUGAAACGGACACGAAACGGACGAAAAUGCCAAAUGGGGUCUGCCGCUGGGCUGUCUGGUUUGUCCGUUUUACCCCAAACAGACAGGGACGGACAGGAUAGGGUCGCGCGGUGGAGUUGGCCUUAGCCGGUAUCAUGCACUCGGGAGUAGUAAACAUGCCGAUGUGGCAGAAAAUUAAAGAAGAGAGAGAGGGUUAGAGUAACAUAUAUAGGUAGAUACCGUAAGAUAAUAAAUACUAUACUACUUUGUGUCAUGCAGGUCCAUCAAUAAGAUCAUCUAUGAUACUAUGCAUUAGGUAGUAUCAUACACUAGUAUCUUUAGUAUAUGAUACUCCCCACUAUGAGUAGCCUAACAUGCAACGCACAUGCAGGUGCACACAUGUCAAGAUUAAUUCCAACAACUUGGACAUGCUUCUCUAAAUGGCAGUUGAAUUUGACAAAAAUAAAUGUUAUUUAUUUUCAAAUUUAAUUUUGGAGUAGCGAGUAUAGCGUGUGAUGGGUUUGUUGAAUUACCUACCAAGCCAGUGUAUACACUAAAUUGAAGUGAAAUAAGUUAGUAACAUUGAAAUGGAUUGUCUG